AUGAUAAGUUUGGCCACUGUUGAGGAGUGUUGGCACACAAAAGGAAAAGGAAAAGGAAAACAAAAAGUAGAGGACCAAGAAGCCAAUGUUGCACAUGAAGAUUCUGAUUCAAACAUAGUUUUGCUUAUGGUUACAACCACUGAAGGUGCUUCAUCUUUAGAAGCUUGGUAUCUAGGUAUUGGAUGCUUUAACUGUAUGACAAGGCAUAAAGAGUGGCUCAUUGAUCUAGAUACAAGUAGAUCCAAAAAGGUUAAGCUCGCAGAUAGCAGAACCUUGAAUGUUGAAGGAGUUGGCAAUAUUUUGAUCAGAAGAAAGGAUGGCAAGACAACAUUUAUUGAGAGUGUGUUGUUUGUGCCUGGCAUGCAGUGCAAUCUCAUGAGUGUGGGACAACUAGUUGAAAAGGGAUUCUCAGUGAUUAUGCAGAAUGACUCUCUUAAGUUGUUUGACCCUAACAAAAGGUUGGUGCUUAGAUCCUCACUCUCAAAGAAUAUAACCUUUCAAGCCAACAUCAAUGUUGCAUAUGCAAAGUGUGGUACUGCAAUAGUGGCUAAGGAGGAAAGCUGUCUUUGGCAUCUAAGGUUUGGCCCUUUAAAUUUUAGAAGCCUAAGUCAAUUACAGUCUAAAGACAAGGUGAUAGGUCUCCCCAAUGUGCAUGUGCCUGAUAGAAUGUGUAAGGUAUGCAAUGCUAGUAAGCAACCUAGGAACUCUUUUUGCUCAUAUUUACCAAUGAGAUAA